AUGGCUCUGGACGUCGAUCCCCAUGCCCUGACGCUCGCCCAGGGCGUCGAGCCCUUCAGCCUGACCCCCGUCAUCGCCGACCUGCUCCGCACGCGGUAUCCAAUCCCAGGGUCGAUAUUCCUCGUUGAGGGUGUCGAUGCGCAUCGCGUCGGCCGCUCGGGCUCGUGGGAGGCGGUGCGUCUGCUGCUCGGCGACGGGGAGCUAUGCGUGCAAGCCCUGCUAGAUGACAAAAUGCACCGCUUCAUCCGGACCGGGGCCGUUGACGUGGGCAGCUACGUCCGCGUGCAGAGCUUCGAGCUACGCUGGGUAACGCUUAAGGGAAAGGGCGAAGGCGGCGGCGAUGCUAAGGGUAAGGCCAAGGAAAAGGAGGCGAAAGGUAACGACAGAAUGGUGUAUCUUCUCGUCAGGGAGUUGGUGACGACUGGUUGGAACAACUCUGUCAGAGCGCUACACCUAGCCGAGACGGCGGAUGCAUUAGACUCUGCAGAGGGGGACUCGGAGACGGAAGAGAAGGCUGCCUCUCAAGGCGACGAGACAGUUCUCGCCAAAGAGCCACAGUUGCCGUAUCAAAUCCUUGAGCCGCGGGUCGUCAACCGGCCUGCACCAACAACCCACAGGAUCGCCAACCCUGCUGCGCAAACUCCGAGUAGCCGCAAGCGAGACGCCUUUGAAGACGCUUCUGACGCCGACCUCGAAGAUGCCUUUGACGCCAUCGAGGCGCAUACUUUUCCCCAGCGAAAACCCACUCCCUCUCGGUCCCGGCCGUCGACGCCUAAUCACCAAGCGUCCAAAGCCUUAUCGACCGGUCCGCCUAUACCCCUGCCGCGAGAUUGGCAUGAUCCCCAAGUACCGCUCAAGCUCACCACUCUUCGCUCCGUCCCGCACCUCCCAUACCCGCAGAACUGGUCCGUCAACAUCUUGGCUAUCGUCGCCGAGCUCUCCACCGUCGAGCCCUCCAACCUACCGCCAUAUCGCCAGCGUACAGCACGCCUCGCUGACCCAUCCACGGCCAAGCAGGUCCACCUGACCGUCUUCCUUGACCCGGAGGCGUUUUCUCCUAAGGUCGGCAAUGCGGUACUGCUCACAGGUGUCAAGAACCAUCGCUUCGACGGCGGUAGCCUGAAAAAGUACGCGAGCGAUGGCAAGGAAGGCAAGCGUUGGUGGUUCGAGGAGCCGUGGGAGCUCGGUUGGUGCGACGUGAGGGGCAUCAAGGAAUGGUGGGCACAGAUGGAGGCCGCCAUGGCCGAAGACCUGGACGACUUCGAGGGAUGA